CCGGGAGUGUCUGGGUGUGGCAACGAGCUGGACUGCUUUUAUCUGGCAGGGGGCGCCCUCCUCUUCACAGGGCUUGACUCAGGGAUGGGGCGGGGAGGCGCUGUGGAAACGGAGCGCGCGUGCGUACUGACGCCCGUGGAGGCGGGGCCAGGUACCCGAGAGUACCGGACACGCUGGUGCGCGGUGGCCCGUGGGGUCGUGGUUUCGCGCCCAAGGGGCCCGGGUGAGCGGCGGCUGCGCAGGCGCGUAGAGUCGCGGCCGAUUUCUGGAGGGCGGAAGCGCGGCGGUUCCUUCCAUCUCCUCAGCUCCACAUUCACAGGACUCUGUUCUUCAAAAGAAAGGCCUCAUGAAGGGGAGCACGGCCACUGGACCUCUGGAAGGCAUAUCACAGCAAUCACUGACAUUCCGAGAUGUGGCUAUCGACUUUUCCCAAGAAGAGUGGGGAUUCCUGGACCCUGCUCAGAGAGAACUGUACACAGCUGUGAUGUUGGAGACUUACCAGAACCUGGUCUGGCUGGGCAUAUCUGUUGCUGAGCCCAACAUAGCCUUCCUACUGGAGCAAGGCCCACAGCCCUGGGUGAUGAGGGAGGAGGAUGCAGGAGCUCCAGGAGCAGAGAAUGAGUCAACACAGAAGAGCAAGGAAUUGUCUUUAAGGAAGAGGAUAAAAGGAGAAACACACCAUCAUGAGAGAGUGAUGAAAAAAACGAGCAGCACGGGUAGAGACUAUGAAAAGGCCUCCAGCACCAGGGCAUACCUCAUCAUCCAUCAGAAGAUGAAGAAGGAAGAGAAAUGCUACCAGUGCUUCGAGUGUGGGAAAUCCUUCCUUCGUCGAUCAACUCUCAUCCAGCAUCAGAGGAUCCACACAGGAGAGAGACCCUAUCAGUGCAGCAAGUGCAGCAAAGCCUUCAACCAGAAGGCCCACCUCGCCCAACACCAGCGCACCCACACGGGCGAGAAGCCCUACACCUGCGGGCAGUGCACACGGGCCUUCAGCCAGGUGACACACCUCACCCAGCACCAGAUCAUCCACACCGGAGAGAAGUUCCAUGGCUGCAGCGAGUGUGGGAAGGCCUUUAGCCGCCCCUCCGCCCUUGCGGACCACCAGAGAAUCCACAGCGGAGAAAAACCCUUCAAGUGCAAGGCCUGCGGCAGAGCCUUCACACAGAGCGCCCAGCUCCUCAGACACCAGAAGAUCCACUCUGAAGACAAGCCCUACAGAUGCAGCAAGUGCCCCAAGUCCUUCAUCCGUCUCUCUUCCCUGACAGAGCACCAGAGGACUCACACCGGAGAGAAGCCCUAUCAAUGUGAGGACUGCCCGAAGGCCUUCUGCCGCCUCGUGCAGCUCACUCAGCACCAGAGGACCCACACUGGUGAGAAGCCCUACACGUGUCAGGAAUGCGGCCGGGCCUUCACCUGCAGGUCCCAUUUCACUGUCCACAGGCGGAGUCACACAGGAGAGAGACCCUAUGAAUGUCAGGUAUGCGAUGCGUGUGGGAAGGCCUUCAGCACUUCCUCCUCGCUCUGUCAACAUAAGAGGAUUCAUACUGGGGAAAAGCCCUACAGUUGCCACAAAUGUGGGAAGUCCUUCAGGUGCAGCUCAUCUCUUACUGUUCAUCAGAGAAUUCAUACUGGAGAGAAACCAUAUGAGUGUAAGGACUGUGGGAAGGCCUUCAACCAGAGUCAACACCUUGUCCAGCACCACAGAAUACACACUGGAGAGAAACUCUUUGAAUGUAAGGAAUGUAGGAAAGCCUUCAGCCAAAAUGUACAUCUUAUUCAACAUCAAAGAAUUCAUACUGGAGAAAAACCAUAUAAAUGUAAGGAGUGUAGAAAAGCCUUCAGCCAGCCUGCACACCUUGCUCAGCAUCAGAGAAUUCAUACUGGGGAGAAGCCUUAUAAAUGUAAGGAAUGUGGCAAGGCCUUCAGUGAUGGCUCCUCCUUUGCCCGACAUCAGAGGUGUCACACCGGCAAAAGACCCUACGAAUGUAUUGAAUGUGGGAAAGCUUUCAGGCAGAACACAUCGCUUAUCCGUCACUGGAGAUAUUACCACACUGGGGAGAAACCCUUUGACUGCAUCGACUGUGGCAAGGCCUUCAGCGAUCACAUAGGACUUAUUCAGCACAGGAGAAUUCAUACUGGAGAGAAACCCUACAGAUGUAACGUGUGUGGGAAAACCUUCAGCUACGGCUCAUCCCUGACUGUGCAUCAGAGAAUUCACACAGGAGAGAAACCAUAUGAAUGUGAUAUCUGUGGGAAAGCCUUUAGCCAUCAUGCCUCACUCACCCAGCACCAAAGAGUGCAUUCUGGAGAGAAGCCUUACCAGUGCAGAGAAUGUGGGAAGGCCUUCAGGCAGAGCAUACACCUUGCUAGCCAUCUGAGGAUCCAUACUGGAGAAAAACCCUAUGAAUGUAAGGAAUGUGGAAAAGCUUUUAGCAUCAGUUCGCAGCUGGGUACUCAUCAGAGAAUUCAUACUGGAGAGAAACCUUAUGAAUGUAAGGAAUGCGGGAAAGCCUUCAACCAGAGGGCACACCUCGCACAGCACCAUAAAAUUCAUACUGGAGAGAAACCUUACAAUUGUACUGAAUGUGGUAAAGCCUUCAGCCAGGCUACCCGCCUUGUCCAACAUCAGAGAGUUCACACAGGAGAGAAACCCUAUGAAUGUACUGAAUGUGGGAAGGCUUUUAGCGACAGCUCAUCCCGUGCUCAGCAUCUGAGACUUCACACAGGCCAAAAGCCCUAUGCAUGUGUCGACUGUGAGAAGGCAUUCAGAACAAAAUCAUCACUCACUUGUCAUCAAAGAUGUCACACAGGGGAGAAGCCUUACAAAUGUAGUGCAUGCGGUAAAGCCUUUAGCCAUCGACAGUCGCUUACUGUUCAUCAGAGAAUUCAUUCCGGAGAAAAACCGUAUCAGUGUAAGGAAUGUAGGAAAACCUUCAGCCAGAUUGGACACCUUAAUCUACACAGAAGAAUCCACACUGGAGAGAGACCCUAUGAAUGCACUGAGUGUGGGAAAACCUUCAUUAAGAGCACACACCUUCUGCAGCACCAUAUGAUCCACACUGGGGAGAGGCCCUACGAGUGCAUGGAGUGCGGCAAGGCCUUCAACCGCAAGUCCUACCUGACACAGCACCAGCGGAUCCACAGUGGGGAGAAGCCCUACAAGUGCAGUGAGUGUGGAAAGGCCUUCACCCACCGCUCCAAUUUUGUCUUACAUAAGAGGAGACACACUGGGGAAAAAUCCUUUGUGUGCAAAGAAUGUGGGCAGGUCUUCCGACACAGGCCCGGAUUCCUUCGCCAUCACAUCAUCCACAGUGGCGAGAAUCCAUAUGAGUGCUUCGAGUGUGGCAAGGUCUUCAAACACAAGUCCUACCUCAUGUGGCACCAGCAGACCCACACUGGGGAGAAGCCCUACGAGUGCAGCGAAUGUGGGAAAGCCUUCUGUGAGAGCGCAGCCCUCAUUCACCACUACGUCAUCCACACCGGGGAGAAGCCCUUCGAGUGCCUCGAGUGCGGGAAGGCCUUCAACCACAGGUCAUACCUCAAGAGGCACCAGCGGAUCCACACUGGGGAGAAGCCUUUUGUGUGCACUGAGUGUGGAAGGGCCUUCACCCACUGCUCUACUUUCAUCUUGCAUAAAAGGGCACACACUGGCGAGAAACCUUUUGAGUGCAAAGAAUGUGGAAAAGCCUUUAGCACUAGGAAAGACCUCAUUCGGCACUUCAGCAUCCACACUGGAGAGAAGCCUUAUGAGUGCACGGAAUGUGGGAAGGCCUUCAACCGCAGGUCUGGCCUCACCAGACACCAGCGGAUUCACAGUGGAGAGAAGCCCUAUGAAUGCAUGGAGUGUGGGAAAACCUUCUGCUGGAGCACAAACCUCAUUCGACACGCCAUCAUCCACACUGGAGAGAAGCCCUACAAGUGCAGUGAGUGUGGGAAGGCCUUCAGUCGCAGCUCCUCACUCACUCAGCACCAGAGGGUUCAUACUGGGAGGAACUCUAAGCCCUAUAAGUGCAUGGAGUGCGGCAAGGCCUUCAACCGCAAGUCGCACCUGACACAACACCAGCGGAUUCACAGUGGGGAGAAGCCCUACAAGUGCAGUGAGUGUGGAAAGGCCUUCACCCACCGCUCCACUUUUGUUUUGCAUAACAGGAGCCACACUGGAGAAAAACCGUUUGUGUGCAAAGAAUGUGGAAAAGCCUUCCGAGAUAGGCCGGGUUUCAUUCGGCAUUACAUCAUCCACAGUGGCGAGAAUCCAUAUGAGUGCUUCGAGUGUGGCAAGGUCUUCAAACACAGGUCAUACCUCAUGUGGCACCAGCAGACCCACACUGGGGAGAAGCCCUACGAGUGCAGCGAAUGUGGGAAAGCCUUCUGUGAGAGCGCAGCCCUCAUUCACCACUACGUCAUCCACACCGGGGAGAAGCCCUUCGAGUGCCUCGAGUGCGGGAAGGCCUUCAACCACAGGUCAUACCUCAAGAGGCACCAGCGGAUCCACACUGGGGAGAAGCCCUAUGUGUGCACCGAGUGUGGAAAGGCCUUCACCCACUGUUCCACUUUCAUCUUGCAUAAAAGAGCCCACACUGGCGAGAAACCUUUUGAGUGCAAAGAAUGUGGGAAAGCCUUUAGCAAUCGGGCAGACCUCAUUCGGCACUUCAGCAUCCACACUGGAGAGAAGCCUUAUGAAUGCACGGAAUGUGGGAAGGCCUUCAACCGCAGGUCUGGCCUCACCAGACACCAGCGGAUUCACAGUGGAGAGAAGCCCUAUGAAUGCAUGGAGUGUGGGAAAACCUUCUGCUGGAGCACAAACCUCAUUCGACACUCCAUCAUCCACACUGGAGAGAAGCCCUAUGAGUGCAGUGAGUGUGGAAAGGCCUUCAGUCGCAGCUCGUCCCUCACUCAGCACCAGAGGGUUCAUACUGGGAGAGACCCUGUCAGUUGCAGCGAGUGUGGGAAGGCCUUCCACCGCAGGUCACAGCUCACAGCACACCAGUGGAUCCACACCGGGGAGAAGCCCUAUGAGUGCAGCGAGUGUGGGAAAGCCUUCCACCGCAGGUCACAGCUCACGACGCACCAGCUGAUCCACACCAGGGAGAAGCCCUAUGAGUGCAGUGAAUGUGGGAUGGGCUUCUGUGACAGCACUAGGCUCAUGAAGCACUCCGUCAUCCACACCGGGGAGAAGCCCUACAAGUGCCUCGAGUGCGGGAAGGCCUUCUACCGCAAGUCAUACCUCAAGGAGCACCAGCGGGUCCACACCGGGGAGAAGCCCUAUGUGUGCACCGAGUGUGGAAGGGCCUUCAUCUACUGCUCCACUUUCAUCUUGCAUAAAAGGGCCCACACUGGCGAGAAACCCUAUGAGUGCAAAGAAUGUGGGAAGGCCUUUAGCAGUAGGUCAAGCCUUAACCGACACUUCACCAUCCACAGUGAAGAGAAGCCGCACAAGUGCCCGGACUGUGGGAAAGCCUUCAACCGCAGAUCGUACCUCAGCAGCCACCAGCGGAUUCAUGGCGGAGAGAAGCCCUACAAGUGCGUGGAGUGUGGGAAGGCCUUCUGGUGGAGCUCAAGCCUCGUCCGACACGCCAUCAUCCACACUGGAGAGAAGCCGUGUGAGUGCAGUGAGUGUGGAAAGGCCUUCAGUCACAGCUCCUCCCUCACUCAGCAUCAAAGGGUUCAUACUGAGGGAAGGCCUGUCUCUGUGACAGAUGGGGGGGCGACUCUGCACGCUUAUGUCGUUCCGCGUUUAGAGUUGAGCCUCUAAGAACUCUUUCUGGGGAAAGACUUCUGCGUGUAACCUCUGCUGCUAAUGCUAAGUUGCUUCAGUCGUGUCCAACUCUGUGCGACCCCAUAGACAGCAGCCCACUAGGCUCCCCCGUCCCUGGGAUUCUCCAGGCAAGAACACUGGAGUGGGUUGCCAUUUCCUUCUCCAAUGCAUGAAAGUGAAAAGUGAAAGUGAAGUGGCUAAGUCGAGCUUAGCGACAGGCUCCUCCAUCCUUGGGAUUUUCCAGGCAAGAGUACUGGAGUGAGGUGCCAUUGCCUUCUCCUGUAACCCCUGAGGGAAAUCUUUUGCCAAGGAAAUACCUUACUCAGAAUCUGAUUAUUCAUACCAAAGAGAAAUCCCCUCAUUUUUCUUCCCUGUGAGACCUGUUUGCAGGAUAUCAGUUGUCAUCUAAAGAAUCAUGUUAGAAAUGGAGUCAGCCUAGAAACUUAAUUCUAUAUCUGAAAAUUCACAUGGGAGAGUGAGCUGAUCUUUACUGUGCACUUAGCAAAGCCUUCAGGCACGUCUUCCUCCUCAGUUUACACUGCAAAAUUAUCUCAGGGAUAUUUAAACAAAAGAGGAAGAGACAUGGAAGAGAAGAAGAAACGCAAACAGAGCUUUCAGAUUUCCGUGAUGAGCCUGUGGCAGUUUGUCAUCCCUUAGUUUAUCUGAGGUAAGAGGAGUGUUGUUGCAGAGAUCAGAGGACCUCGUUCCUUUUAUCUCGUAUACACGUGCGCUGCUGUCCACUGUCAGGAGAGUUAAACAGUUGAGGGUGCAUCUGAAAAGCUUUACUGAAAGUCACCUUUGCUUCCCUAGUAGCUCAGACAGUAAAGCAUCCACCUACAAUGCAGGAGACCCAGGUUCGAUCCCUGGGUCGGGAAGAUCCUCUGCAGCAGAAACUGGCAACCCACUGCAGUAUUCUUGCCCAGAGAAUUCCACGGACAGAGAGGCCUAGCGGGCUACAGUCCAUGGCGUUGCAAAGAGUCGGACAUGACUGAGCAGCUAACACACACACCUUUGUUCUUCAGCAUUGUCUCUACCCUUGAGUAGCCUGUGUCUUCAUGAGAAAUAUGAAGCCUUGACUUAACAAUGCACUUUCAUAUUUAAGGGGAUAAAAAUGUAUGUAUGAAUGAACCCAUUUUACUGAAAUGAUUGAUACUUUUGAAACAUAAUGUGUCAUGUGUCUUUAACCAGCUGACACUCAUACUUAAUCUGUUUCUCUAUUUGUCUGUUGGGUGAGGAGGACAGUAUAACUGUGCAACCUUCCCGGAUGGAUCCCAGUUCUUCCCUCUGAUUCUUCCUUAGAGAGGCUUCACGAACACUUCAGUGGUUCUAGAGGUUGAAUUGCAGCCGCAGCAGAACAAAACACACAGCUAAAUUAAGCUAAAUGAUAGCAAUACGUUCAGAGAAGGAAUCUCAUUUUUAAUCUUACAAAAGAUUGUGUGAAGAUUCACUGUCAAGUAAAGUGACAAGAAUUUUACCGAUUGAAAUGGGCUUGUGUCAGUACAGGUACAGGUGAGUUGCACAGUGUCGCCGUUGGCUUAGUCCCAGUGUGAGGACUAAUGACUGAUAUCAUUUGUCAGGGUAUUUUGAGAUCCCUUCCUUUUAUUUUUUUAAGCAACAUGUGAUGGUAUUAUCAUCUCACGUUAAGAAAUAUACUGUACAGAAAGACAUAAAAAUAAUCAUGUAUUCACUCUGAACCCUUCUCAGGGCUUUUCAAAUGACUACACGUCUAGUUUUGUAUGGCCAUUGUAGGCCAUGUCAUUUCUGUUGUGUUACUGCUAAGUCGCUUCAGUCGUGUCCAACUCUGUGUGACCCCGUAGACGGCAGCCCACGAGGCUCCCCCGUCCCUGGGAUUCUCCAGGCAAGAACACUGGAGUGGGUUGCCAUUUCCUUCUCCAAUGCGUGAAAGUGAAGUCGCUCAGUCACGUCUGACUCUUAGCGACCCCAUGGACUGCGGCCCACCAGGCUCCUCCAUCCAUGGGAUUUUCCAGGCACACUCUAUGGCGUUAUUGUGAAGGCCACUCUUUAUCCUUUUCAUGUCUUGUCUAAGAAGUCUUCAGCAAGCUCUAAGUUCUUAAAUCUCUGAUACAUAUUGAGUUACUUUUUGUAUUAACCGUGUGCAGUUUAGGUUGUGUUUUUGUUGCCUAAGGAUGUUCAGUUGUUCUGGCACUGUUUGAAUAGUUGAAAAGACUAUCCUGCCUCUAUUGAACUGAACUUAGUGGGAAAAAAAAUCUAUUGGGCAUACUAAUUUUUGGACUGUUUCUGAGUUCUUUAUGUUAUCCUACUGAUCUGUGUAUUUAAACCUCUGCCAAUACAUUAUGUUGAAUACUGUAGCUAUCAUUAAACCU